AUGGAAAAUUUAAUGAGCUCACCCCGAAUGGAUUAUGAAAAUGUUGAUAUUAAUUUAGAUGAUUAUCAAUUAAUGGUACCUUAUGAAGAAUAUUAUGAUUAUCAAUAUCAAUAUCAACCAAAUUUACCCAAUCAAAAUUUUCAGAACUUACAAAAUUAUCAAAAUGAUGAAAUUGUCCCCAAAUCAAAUAUAAUGUUAACAGAUAAUAUGAAUUUGAUUAGACAUCAACAAAAUUUAUCCAUUAGUUCAAACCAAGAUUUAUCUAAAUUAGUACCAUCAGCUUCAAUUGAUAGUAUACCACAAUUAACAUCAUCAAUUUCUAACCAAUCAAUGGGAUCGUUCAAAAAUCAAAAUCAACCAUUAAAUAAUCAAGUAAAUAAUGGUAUUAAUGGUAUUUCAAUGACACCAAGGAAAACAAGGAAUAAAUCUUUUUCUAUAAGUUCAAUGCAAACUCCUUUAAGACCAUCAACUUCACCAUCCAAAGUUUCAAAAACUCCUUAUAGACAUUCAAGAUCACAAUCAAGAACUAAAUUAAAUCCUUUAAUAACCCCCAAUUCAUUCAUUUCACCAAAAUAUGAUAAUUUAUCAUUUGAUCAUGAAGAUUUCCAAACUCCUUUACAAGGUUCAAUUCAAUCAGCUCCUGGUUCUGUAACUUCAAUGACGGUGUUAUCAACUCCUUUAAAUGGUCCAAAUUCUUCAAAUAUUGAAAAUUAUCAAAGAUCAAAACCCGAAUUUUUAAGAAGUCAGUCAGCUUCUCAAUCAAAUUCUUUACAAUCAAUCGCUAGUAAUUCAAAUUUACCUCAAUUUAAUUUACCUUAUUCACCAAAUUUAAGACGUCAAAAUACUUUAGAUUCAAUUAAAAUUGAAGAUCAAGAUGAUGAUGCUUUGAAUCAAUUAAAAAGAGCUAAAUCUUAUUCUCAUAUGAGAGAUUCUUCAAUCAAUUCUUUGAGUGAAAUUUCAACCAAUUUAAAUGACAAUAACAUCGAACAAAGUUCAAAUAUUCAAUUAAUUCAAUCACAAUUCAAUUUAAAAUCUUAUCCUGCCAGUAUUAAUUUAGCAUCUAUUGCAAAUAAUAAAUUACAAUCAAGUCUAUUACCAGCAAUGACUUCCAAUCAAAUUCAAUUACCUAUAACGUCACCAUCGACUCAACAACAUCAAAAUCAAAACCAAAAUCAAAAUCAAAACCAAAAUCAUAAUCAUCAAAAUCAUCCUCAAGAUCAAAAAUAUCCAAUUUCAUUACCAAAUGAUUAUGGUUAUCCUUAUGAUGAUAAAAAGAAAAAAGAUUUAAGUCCAGCUUUCAUACCUGAUUUACCAAUCAAAAUAAGUGAUAAAGCUUCAGAUAUAACUGAUCCUAAAAAGAAACAUGCAUGUCCUUUAUGUUUUGCAAGAUUUCAAAGACCUGAACAUGUCAAAAGACAUAUGAAAAGUCAUUCAAGUGAAAAACCAUUUGAAUGUGAUCAACCAAAUUGUAAUAAAAGGUUUAAUAGGAAAGAUAAUUUGAAGGCUCAUUUGAAGAAAAUUCAUAAUAAGGUAAAUUAG